GUCUGCGUCGCGUCACGUGCGUCUACGUAAAGCUGGCGCUCCGGUUUCCCUGGCGGAGAAGAUGGCGGCUCCGGGACCGGGGGAGUACUUCAGCGUCGGGAGCCACGUCUCGUGCCUCACCUGCUUAGGCCAGCGUUUGCAGGGAGAGGUGGUGGCUUUCGAUUAUCCGUCCAAGAUGUUGACUUUGAAAUGCCCUUCCUCCAGCGCGAAGCCCAACCUCAGUGACGUCAUCUUGGUUAACUUAGCCUAUGUUUCAGACGUGGAUGUUAUUAAUGACCGCACUGAGACUCCUCCUCCUCUAGCAUCCUUGAAUAUUAGCAAGCUUGCCAGUCGGGCAAGAACAGAAAAGGAAGACAAGCUGUCCCAAGCUUAUGCAAUCAGUGCUGGGGUGUCAGUUGAGGGCCAGCAAUUAUUCCAGACUAUACACAAAACCAUCAAAGACUGUAAAUGGCAGGAGAAGAACAUCAUGGUUAUGGAUGAUGUCGUAAUCUCGCCACCGUACCAGGUGGAGAACUGCAAAGGCAAAGAGGGAAGUGCUCUAAGUCAUGUACGCAAAAUUGUUGAGAAACAUUUUAAAGAUGUGGAAAGCCAGAAGUCGAUGCAGCGCACACCAGCACAGCAAACACAGAAGGACUCGUCUCUAUCCUCCUGAGUGGGGGGUAUGGCUCGUCUGGGGAGGGCACCGCGGGCAUCCAGGGCCUAAGAGCUGGUGCAAGCCAGCGCUCUUCUCCCCCUCUGCGGCGCAGUCCGAGGGUGGAUGCACCAAGGGCCUAGGGUCUGGAAGAUCAACAAAAGAAACAAACACACACAAAAAAACAUUAAAAAAAAAAAAAAAAGCAAAAAUGUUUUAAGGAAAAAACACGAGAGUGAAAAGAGUUCAUUCUAAAUUAGACUUUAUAAAGAUAAUUUAAAACGCCAACCAUCAAACAAACCAUAGUUUAUUUGACUAACUUACAGUGUCUUAUCCCCUCCUUCCUCCUGUGUUUCAUCUGAAACAGCUUUUCAUAUUUUCUUCUCUUACAUCCCUCCUUCGCCUUCUAUUCCAUUUUGUCAAAAAAAGAAAAAAACAAAUCGGUCAGAAAAGCUUGUUAGCUUUUACUUUUUAUGCUUUUUCUUUUGGCUGUUUAUGUUCUACAGUUGUGUCUGUUCUGUAUUUUAAACGAAAUGUGAUUUCAGAUGCCACGCGUUACAAAGGACGUUUUCUAAAAUAAAAGUAACAAAAAUUCUGACUAA